CCUGGUCUGCGAUGUUCAGCUCUACUUUGUGGCACUCCCUGAGAAGCUCGUGAUACCCAAGAGCGGAAAACUUUUCAUCGAAAAGACAGCGCAGACAUGGCGGAGGAGGUGUCAGAGGAGCAGCUGACAGGUGGUUUGACUCUGUUGGUCAACUUUGGCAAGAUUCUUCUACAAAAUGCUAAAAAGGAAGCGGAAGCCUCCCUGCAGGAUUACGUCCCCAAUAAGAUCACCACCUUAUUUGGUCUGAUGACUGCGGGGGCAAACUUCUACAAGAGUCUUGGCGUGAAGAAGAAAAGUGAAGCAGAGGCCCUUUGGCAGAAGUUUUAUCGCCACGCAGCAGUGAGAGAGCAGGUUGACGAGCUCCUGCAGUUGGAGGCCGAGUGGGAUUCUUUCCUGGAGCGUUUGGACACAGAUCUGCAGACAACAGACACACAACUCACAGGAAGACCCAACGCAGACAGCCUGAGCGCCGAUACAGCCCUCACUGAUGCACGGAGUGGAGAAAACGUGACCCUGGGGAAGUAUCUGGGUGCGGGACAGAACCUUCUGUUGGUUCUCAUCAGACACUUUGGAUGACUGCCGUGACGAGACCAUGUGACCGAGCUGGAGGCCAAUCAGGCCGUCCUGAAGGCUCGGUCGCUGCGGGUCUUGGUGGUCUCCUUUGGCAGUCAGGAAGGAGCCCAGCUGUGGCUGGAACAAACUGGGUGUACGUUUGAAAUGCUGUUGGACCCACAGGGGAAGAUCUACAGGGCUUUUGGCCUGGGCUCCUCCUAUGCCAAGGUGCUGAAGUUCAACUUCCUUCUGCAGUUUGCUGAGUAUGUGGCAGUGGACAGAGACUUCCCCGAUAUCCCCUCUCGCCUGCUGGGAGACAUCUAUCAGAUGGGAGGUGACUUUGUUGUGGGCGAGAAAGGGAAGGUCCUUCUUUCCCAUCCAUCGAGUAACCCGCUGGACAGGCCGACUGUGACAGACCUUCUGGAGGCCGUGCCUGCAGGGGACCGCUCUACCAACUCCCAGUAGAAAGACUGACGUCUGACCCCACCACCACCCCUCCACCACCACUCCACCACCCCCCACCCCACCACUCCACCACUCCAUAUUAAUAAGAAACCCACACACUGGGGGAGGGGUUUAAUUUGGGAAGAUGCAGCCUUCUUCCGAACACGGCGCUGACACGAGAACAGGAAUCGCUCUUCGGCACGAGUUGAUGACGUCACGCCUCGCACUCCUCACGAAGAGGUGUGACUGAUGCAGAACCUUGUGCACGAACGAGAUCCCCCGAUCUUCUAGUUGUCACGUCAGCGCUGUGACAACAGUGUGUCUAAAAUGGCUGCCCCUCCCCCCCCCCGUCUUAAGGCUUGAUUAAAAUAGAUGAUCCAGUUCCACUUCGUCCUCUGAGCUACAUGGGGGGGCGGCGUUUGGCGUUAUUUCAGGUGUGACAUUCUGUCCCAGGUGUAUUAUGCCGGGGACACAAUGUGGCAAUUAGAAAAUGAUUGUCAGCUGUGUUUGUUUCUAAGCUCUUGGAUCGCCCUUGAUGAAUGUGGAGGAUAAUCUAUGAACGACUUCACGGGUCCUCGACCUUCCCCUGACUCUCAGGCCCUCCAGUCAGCGUGGUGCCGGGUUGCCGAGUGGCGCAGAGAACGCUUGGUUUUGAUGCGAAUUGUCAUUGGUAGUAUUUUCUCUUAGCCUUUUCAUUUCAUGAAUUUGUCCAUGUUUAUACUUAAUGUAAUUAAUUAAUUAACUAAUGUUGCUCAUUUGUGAUUGCUUAUGGACGUAAUGACUACUUAUAUGAAUUAUGGGUAACACUUUAGUAUGGGGAACAUAUUCUAAGUAACAGAAACUUAAUUACUAGUGAAUUAGUAAUGAUCAAGAUGUCACUUUAGUAUGGGGAACAUAUUCUGAGUAACAGAAACUUAAUUUAGAGUAAUUUAACACUAUGAACACUUGUAGUUUUGUGUGUUAUUAUGUAAGAACAGAGCAUAUUCAUGAAGUGUUAGUAAGGGAGAAUAACUCUUCUGGUGGUACUACCACCUUAUAAAGUCCAUACUAAGCAAAGCAUAUUGUAGCGAAUUCGGGGGACAACGCAACCACAGGAACUGCCGCGGCCGGGACGCGAACCCGUAUCGCCCGCACCGCAGGAGACAUCGCUAACCGCUCGACUAAAGGGUCAGACUCGUUAGUCAAGGACCAACGUGUCUACUUAUCCAUGCAGGUUACAAUAUUGAGGUGGUACUACUAAGAAGCAAUACUUCUGAGGUUAUAGAGGGAAAACUCAUAGUUAAAGGCUUACUGGUUGUAUAAUAAGGCCAUGCAGAAUAAGGCAUUAAUGAGUGCUUAAUAAAGACCAAUUAAGAGCCAAUAUGUUGCUAAUUUGCAUGCUAAUAAGCACCUAAUUAAUGGUGACUACGUUCCCCAUACUAAGGUGUUACCCAAUUAUUUGUACCGGCAGCCGUUUCUGACGCGCUUUAAAGAUUCGGGGCGUUUACUUGGAUUCUAGCUAUGUUAGGAGUGCUCAGGAUCCUGGUUUUCUUGUUCGCGGCGUUGAUCCUCAGGAUGUCCUGACCACGUGCGUGCAGUCUGUCUGCACACAACAUGUUAAGGUUGUCCUUGCAGGUUUUGUCGUUUCGCUUUGCAAAUCGUUGAAGUGCCUGGUGUGACGAAUGAGGCGCACCCCAAACCUCCCGAGCAGAUCCACUGUUACGCCCGGUGAAAUGCUGUCAAUCAUGACACGUUUACAAAGACCCGCGUGGGAUGAUUACGCGCAGCAUGCCUCACGUGCGUGUGGUGAUUUCGCGUUAACAGACACGUUGAGGAGUGAAGAGUUGAAUGGCGGUGAUGGCUCCGCCCCCCCCGGUACUCUACACACCUGUACCAACGUACUGUAUAGUGGAUUCGGGGGACGACGCAACCACAGAAAGUGCCGCGGCCGGGACGCGAACCCGCGUCGCCCGCACCGCAGGAGACAUCGCUAACCGCUAGACUAAAGGGUCAGCGUGUCUACUUAUCCAUGCACGUUACACGACAGUCCUGCUAAGUCCAGUCCCACGAAGCUCGUGCGGACGGGACUUGGCAACCUGGUUUCAGAGUUAUGCUUCAAGUUCGGACCUCUGCAGACACACGUGCCGGGUCUGCAAAGGUCCGUUCAACCCUCCACGUCGUUCCUCUUCACGACACCCCGCCAGCAAUACGUGACGACACACAAGUGGAAUCAAACUGCUGAACCAUCGGCUUUCAGUCAGUGACGCUGAAUUUAUUUCUGAAAUACACUGUUCUCCAAUAUAUAUGUAAAACUUAACAACAAUGCAUGGAUUCGUUUGUCAUCUUGCACAUCUAAAAACAGUCAUGGCGCGUGCGUUGAUCCUGUACGAUACUGCUGCUGUAUGCUGUGUGUGUGUGUGUGUGUGUGUCACUGUAAAUGUGCAGAAAACACCAUGGACAUACCUCUUUGUGCGUGUCGUGGGGGUCACCUUUUAUAUUUCAAACACAGUAACUGACUAACUAACCUUUCGCUAAGAACUCUUAAAAUAGCUGGGGGGGGGGGGGAAUCAAGCCUACGUUUUCAGCAAGCUCGUCAUAAAGUGUAGAAGUCCUAGGAAGACACUGCAUUACUUGUGUAUGGAGUCGCCCCCUAGUGGGGAGGGGAAGUAAAAACUAGUAUUCCUGUAGAGGCCUGACUUGGAAGCCUCCCGUUCAUCUAUCCACCCAUCCCAUCCAUUGUCCAAGCCGCUUAUCCCAAUCGGGGU